AGGAGCAUGAAACACAGACAAAAGGGUUGGUGCACGAGGGGGCAGGGGAUAACAGAAAUGAGUAGCUCAAGUGUACGACACUCUAAGCACUGGAACGCGCAAAGCAAUUGUGGAGCACUCCUGAGCUGCUCAGGAGUAACUCAAAUGGGUCACUGGAAAGCACCUCUUGAUCGAAUUUUUUUAUUUUAGCUUUGUUCCAGUUCCAACCCACAGAAGGGAACCGUACAGUUCACCGUCAAGAUUCUGCGCAAGAUGUAAAAUUUGUGCGUAGUAUCCGAAAUUCGUAUACAGAGUGGUUCCGAAACCGUUCUUGGGACGGUUUUUUGGGUUACAACCAAUGAACUUGAUGCUAACUAAUGCAAACCAGGUUCACAAACCCAACAAAAAAAUACCACAUUUAUUUCUUUUGUCCUGUUUUGUGGUCCUGUCUUUAUGGGUGAACUGGUGAAGUGAAAGGACGUCGACCCUAGUCAAAAUUAUCCGGUCAUUCGCCAAAACAUUGAACAAACCCUGUGACUGUGUGUGAAACAUUUCUUUUGUUGUGCGAAUUACAGUCCGAGGUACAAAUUAAUAAAAAUGAUUACCGACGGCCCAACGGAUACAGAGUUUCCGGUAUUGGGCCUACUUCCGAAAAAAGAAACGGGAGCAAUAUCGUUCCUGUCCAAAUAUCCGAAUUACGAUGGCAGGGGCAUUGUUAUUGCUAUUUUGGAUUCGGGGGUGGAUCCUGGAGCUCCUGGCUUACAGACAACCCCGGAAGGAAAGGUAAAAGUCGUAGAAAGGUUUGACUGCAGUGGUUGUGGUGAUGUAAACAUUAGUGUCAUUGUUAAGCCCGAGGAGGGCUAUAUUACUGGCUUAACUGGGAGAAAAUUAAUGAUUCCCCGUGAUUGGGUAAAUCCUUCUGGGACCUAUAGAAUAGGCGUGAAAAAUGCAUAUGAUCUAUAUCCUGAUAGAUUGAAAGAUCGCAUCAAAACAGAAUAUAAAAAGAAAAAAUGGGAAGAAGGCCAGAGAAAAGUACUGAGUAACUUAAAUCGAGAAUUGGCCAACUUAGAAAAUCACCAAAGCACUAAUUGCAACAAUAAUGAAAAUGAAAAAUUUGAAAAGGAGGAUUGUGAAGCAAAAAUCGAAUUAUUAAACAACUUGGACAAGAAAUUUUAUGAUGCUGGUCCAAUUUACGAUUGCAUAGUAUUUCAUGAUGGAACAAAAUGGAUGUGUUGCAUAAAUGUUUCUGAAGAUAAUGAUUUAACCAACUGCCCUUUAUUAGGAGAAUACAGUGUUACUCAUGAAUAUCUCCCACUCACUAAACAAGACAGCUUAAACAUCAGUUUUAAUAUUCAUGAUAAUGGAAAUGUUCUUGAAUUAGUCGGAGUAUGUUCCAGUCAUGGUACACACGUUGCCUCAAUAGCCUCUGCAUAUUUUCCCGAUUCGCCAGAGCAAAAUGGCAUCGCUCCUGGAGCUCAAGUGAUAUCACUCACAAUUGGAGACGGUCGCUUAGGCUCAAUGGAAACCGGUACUGCUUUGAUUCGGGCAAUGAUUAAAAUUAUUAAACUUAAAAAAACUAUGAACGUUGAUGUUAUUAAUAUGAGUUAUGGAGAACGAGCCCAUUGGGUUGAUACAGGACGAAUCGGAGAAUUAGUAAAUGAAAUUGUAAACAAAUAUGGAGUGAUUUGGGUUUCUUCUGCUGGAAAUAACGGACCGGCUUUGGGUACUAUCAGUACACCUUCCGACAUCAAUGAUGAACCUAUUAUUAGUGUGGGUGCCUAUGUAUCACCUGAUAUGAUGGUAGCAGAAUAUGCUAUGAGACAAAAACUACCAGGUGCUCCAUAUACUUGGUCUUCAAGAGGUCCAACUAUUGACGGAGGUGUAGGUGUCCAUGUGUGCGCACCAGGUGGUGCAAUCACAUCAGUACCCAAUUUUACUUUGCGCUAUUCUCAGCUGAUGAACGGUACAUCUAUGGCUUCGCCAAAUUGUGCUGGAGCAAUUUGUCUUUUACUAUCAGGGUUAUCCCAGCAGGGUUUAGGAUCUUCACCCUAUUUAGUAAGGAAAGCUCUAGAAAAUACUGCUAGUUGUAUAGGAGGAGUUGAUGUUGCAUCGCAAGGGGCGGGCUUGAUACAGAUAGAUAAAGCCUUCGAUUAUUUGGUUACCUUCAAUGACAUUCCGGAAAGGAAUGUAAGAUUUCAACUGCAGUGCGGAUCUUCUAAUGCAAAAGGAAUUUAUUUGAGAACCAAAUUAAACACGCUUAAGCAUACAUUUAAAGUAAGUGUUGAGCCGCGUUUUUUAAAUGAAGAUGAAGUGCCAGCAGAAAAAAAAAUAAAUUUCAAUAUGAGACUUGUUCUAACUUGUUCAAAGGACUAUAUACAAUUCCCAAAACAUUUAGAUUUGUCAAAUGUUGCACGAAUGUUCGCUGUAAAUGUAGAUCUCACUUCAAUCCCAGAAGACUUCAUGGACAUAACUUUCAUAAGCGCAUUUGACACAGCUUGCAUAGCCAAAGGACCAGUAUUUAAAAUACCCAUAACCUUAAUUCACCCAAGAGAAAUUUCUGAAUCAAAACUAAAUUUGGACUUCAAGGGACUUAUUUUUAAACCAAAUACGAUACAGAGGCAUUAUUUCGUAGUUCCAAAAUCAGCUACAUGGGCAACAUUGAAGCUUAGCUCAAAUGAAGAUAGUGGACGUUUUGUUAUCCAUACAAUGCAAUCAUUACCUAGGCAGCACUGUAAAGCUUUAGAAACUGUAAAAAACAUAGCUGUAACUUCGAAGACUGAAACAUCAGUUAGUUUUCAACUGAAAGAAGAUAAUGUCGUAGAAGUUGUAAUUGCUAAGUAUUGGGCUAAUACUGGAGACGCAACACUUGAUUAUAGUUUAACAUUUUAUGGUGUUAAACCUAAUCAGCCUUUUGUUAAUAUGCAUGCUGCUGAUGGGAUACAUUCUGUGGAAGUAAAGACUUUACAAGGGGAAGAAAUUUCCCCUUCGAUUACUCUGAAAAAUGCUGUUCAAAUUCUAAAACCAAUCGACGCAAAGAUAUUUCCAUUAUCAAAUCGUGACGUGAUACCCCCUAAUCGUCAAAUUUAUGAACUAGUUUUAGUGUAUAACUUCAGUAUUACAAAGCCAUGCGAAGUAUCUCCAAAUCUAGCCCUUUUGAGUGAUAUGCUAUACGAAUCUGAGUACGAAUCGCAACUUUGGCUACUAUUUGAUUGUAAUAAACAAAUUUUGGGAACAGGCGAUGCAUAUCCAUCAAAGUACAUGGUGAAGCUAGAAAAAGGUGAAUAUUCGAUAAGAUUACAAGUCAGACAUGAUAAAAAAGACUAUUUAGAAAAAAUCAAUGAAGCACCUAUAUUGCUUCAGCAAAAACUGGCUAGUGCAAUCACAAUGGAUGUGUAUCUAUCAUAUUCUCAGGCACUUAUUGGUGGUAAAAAAGCUGGAGUAAUGCACAAUUCAAACCCUCACACUGUUGUACCAUUAUACAUUGCACCUUUAGCAUCAGAUAAGUUCUCUCCUAAAUCUAACAACACAGCUCAUUAUUUAUCUGGAACAAUAACCUACUCGAAAGAUGAAGUAGGCAAAAAGGUUGAUUCAUAUCCAAUAAAAUACUUUUUAUCUGAAAACAGUAGUCCAAAAAAGACAGCUUCAAAUGGUUCAAAUUCUUCACCAGACAAAUCAAAAAUGGAUGAAUAUACUGAGAGUUUGAGAGAUCAUGGAACAAUCUGGAUUUCUAAAUUAGACAAGGAAGGAGGUGAAAAAUUAUAUGAAGAUCUUAUAAAAACAUACCCAAACGUUUUAACAGCACAUUCUUCCUAUUUACAACUGAUAGAUCCUCUUGAUAAAAGAGUUCUACCAGCUGUUAGGAACAAGAUUUGUGGUAAUGCAGACGACUUGAACAAAGUAAUAAGUACCUGUGAUAAAGUGCUAAAAAGUGUUAAUGAGGAAACCAUUUUGGCUUAUAUGGCAACAAAGAGUGAUUUGAGAUCUGAUGCCGCUAAAUAUAAAGUACAAAUGGAGCAACAGAAGAAUGUAUACCUAGAAUGUUUAGCAAGGAAAGGUAUAGCAUUAUGUCGUUUGAGCUUAUUGCAGGGCAAUGCAGAUAUCCAAGAAAUAGCCGGUGCCUGGAUAUCACUUGUAAAAUUUGUUGAUCCUAGUGAUGCAAAGGUGUUGACUUCGCACGUUUUAUAUUUUGCAAUUUGGCACUCCUUUGUGAAACAGCAAUAUGGAAGAAUGCUUAAAUAUCUAUAUAAAUUGCAAGAAGAAAAACCAAAUGAGGAAAUAGAAAAAAAGAUUAUUGAAACCUGUGCAGAAUUGAAAUGGAAACAUGUUGUUUAUUAUUUGGAGAGAGUAUUGCCAUCAAAAUAUCCAACAGAUUAUAAACCAUUUUAAAAAAUAUUGUUAAAUGAAUGUUUAUAAUGAUAAUUUAUCUAUAUGUACUUUUAAUUUUUAAGAUUAGCUAAGUAGGUACCUAGGUGUUCUUGUAGAGUAAGUAAACCAAGUACAUUAUAGUAUAUUGUGGGCAAAUAUUUUUUGUUUCUACAGAAAUUUUAUGAAAACUUUAUUAUUUCGUGUUUCCCAUCUACGGGUACCUAGUUAUCAAAUUUAUAUUGACUAGCUGGAACUAUCUACAAACAUAAUUGGAAUAAAAUGUAUUGUAUGCAA